UCCGUGGUUCUUACGUGAUUGUCGUAGCCCGCAUCCCUUACUUGACCUCAUCUCCGAACCAGACACGCGACCGGUUGACCCUUCGACGUGUUCUCAACGGUCGCCUUCUUUUUUCUCCCCUUACCAAAAACGCGAUCGCAUCCCCCCAAAACAGAACCACACCCACUCUCACAUCUCUCAUCACAAUGGCUAAGAAAGGAGGAAAGAAGGCCAAGGGCAAGAAGGGUGGCGCCGGAGCCGUUAAGAAGGUUGCCUCUGAUGUCAAGAACAUUGUCUCCCCAGGCCAUGAAGUCGAGGAUCGCCAGAUGUACGGCGAAGAAGGCAACAGCGGCGCCGAGUCGACCGAUGCCCCCCAGGCCGCCACUGCUGCUGCUCCCACCAUUGCCCCUGACGCGACCACGAAAACCCCAUCUGCUGCUGCGCCUGCGUUGACAGAGGCGCCUGCGGAGGCAGCGCCCAAGGAAAACAUCACGGAGGCAGCUCCUGUAGCAGCUCCUGUAGCAGCUCCUGUUGAUGAUGCGCUGGAGACCAAGCCGCAGUCCAUCCAAGACGCUGUCGACAAGGUUCAGGCUUCCAAAGCAGGCCAGUUAACUUCCCUCGACGCUGCGGCGCCCGAGGAAACAGGGACCAUUUCCACCGACGCCGCCGUGAAAGAGUCCAACUUGAUCCCCGAGACGGUCGCACCCGUGGCCGCCGUUUCUUCGAUCCCCGAGCGCCCCAAGGAGAUGCCUGCCACGACAGCGUCGACUACCGACACCGAGGCUGCGGCCAUUCCCUCCGAGAGUCUGGAUGCCAGCGGACUGGCCAGUCACUCGAAGCGGCCGUACGAGACCCCGUUGUUCGCCAAGGAGGAGACCAAGCCACACAAGAUGCCCAAGGUGGACGAGCCGGUGCUGGAUGCUCAGCCCGAGGCUGCGACUGCUGCCACAACCGAAGCUCUCGUCGCACCCAAGUCGACCAGCAAGCUGCCCGGCGAGUUCCCAGUCUCGGGAGCCGCGUCGCCCGCCGUCGUGGCGGCUGCCUCCGCCGACCAGGACGUGACGGCCAGCGCGCUCGACCAGCAGUCUGGUCCCGCUGAGGCUGCGGUGCCGCCCGUCAGCUCUGAGAAGACAACCUCGACCUCUCAGGUGCCCGAGGCCCUGGUCGCGGGUGGUGCGCUGGCGGGCGUGGGAGCGGCCGCGGGCGUGGGUGCGAUCCAGUCGGAGGAGUCGACCACGCAGGCGACCGUGGCGCCGACUGCACUAUCGGCGGGUGUUCCAGAGCCUGUCACAGCAGCAGCUCCUGAAGUUGCAUCUGUGGAGGCCCCCGCGGAGGAUUCUUCUGCAGCAGCCGCUACUGCAACCGCGCCAGCAGCAGCCACCUCUGAACAAAAGGAGCAGCUGCAGCGCGCCGAAGACAAGAUCAAGACGCACGAAGAAGCGAUCAAGCAGAUCACGACCGGCGAGCAGGCGGAAGCUGCCCCCGCGGUCGCUGCGGAGGCGGACGUGCCCAAGACAGCUCCCGAGACAGUCGGUGUAGCCUCUGCGGCGGGGGCAGGCGCUGCCGCCACUGGGGCCGCCCAAGUCUCUCCUCCAGCCCCUGCUGUAACCACUGGACCUGAGCUUGCUCCAUCUGCCGCCGUUGCGACGGAGUCGACGUCAGCUCCGGCCAAGAAGAUCGAGUCGGAUAAAACCGAGCGCAAGAAGAGUGGCGGCUUCCUGGGCUGGCUGAAACGCAAGGUCAAGGGGGAGAAAAAAUAAAGAAAGGAAGAAAAGAAGAUAAACAGGUGUGAUGACGAUUUUACCCUUGGGCCAUGUAGUAGUUAGUUAAUAGUUAUGUAUCAACAUGUUUCAUGUCUACACAGGACGGAGUACGGAGUAAUAACAUAACAAUAAUAGUACGGCAAUA